UAUGUUUCGACUUUUCAUCAUUUUCGUCUUAUUCGGCGUUUGCUUUACGAACAACGACUCUAGCUUUAAUCAUACAAUUGGAUAUGGAAUGGACGAUUCAACGACUGGAGGUAAUGUAGAACCUCCACCAAAGAAGGAGGUAAUUGAUGUGAUUAGUGACGAAUUACAAAAAAUAAUCUCAUACUUUUUCGGCGUUGUUGGAAUUUUGGGAAAUGUUCUCGUCAUAAUUGUUCUAUACGCCAAGUCGAUGAAAAUUCACGAUAUUCUCUUAGUUAACCAAUCAUGCGUCGAUCUAUAUUGCUCUAUUAUACUAAUAAUCUACUUUGCUAUGAAUAUCUUUUCGGAUGAUUUUACCCCGGAUAUUCCUUGGGCUUGGGUUAGGGAGAUCUAUUGCAGAUUUUGGCAUAUAACUGGCGCAUUAUGGGGAGGUUAUUACGCUUCAACCUUAAAUUUAUGCCUAAUGACAGCCGAGCGUUACAUAGCCAUUAUUUUCCCAUUAAAACAUCAGAGAUUAGUGACUAAGCAUAGAAUAAAAAUUACCAUGUUCAUAGUCUGGUUCUGGGGCUUGGGAUAUGGAAUAUUCUUUAUUGGUAUACCGGCAAAAGUGAACGAUAAUCGUAAUUGUAUUGCGUGGAUUGAUUUCCCAAGCGAAGAAGUCAAAAACUUUUACGGUAUGAUGAAAGUAAUUAUUGAAUGGCUUGUACCAUUUAUCUUUCUUAUUGUGACAAAUAUUCACAUGGCCUAUAAGAUAAGACAGCAAAAUACUAUGAUUAAAGAAUCGGAUGCGCAACAAAAGAAAAAGUUUGCCGCUCAAAAAACCUUAUUUAAAACUUUACUAUUAGUUACAGUUGGCUUUGCGGUGUGUAAUAGUUUUAACGCCAUCUAUUUCAUGAUGUUGAGUGCCGGUAACAACAUGAGUUUUGGAGAUGUCUAUCAAAUGAGUGUACUCUUUCACGUUGCAAACGCCAUCAUUAAUCCUCCUCUGUACACUUUGCAAUAUGAUAAAUUUAGAAGAAAGGCCGUAAAAAUGUUUUGCGGUUGCCUCUUGUCUGAAAACAAGGAAAAGAAAAGUGAAUCAGUCUACGUUUCUUCAACAUCCGGUUCCAUCAACAAAUAA